AUGGAUAACCAUGCUUCAUCUGAUCCAGUUCCACUGCCUGCUGUUAGAGCUGGUUCAAGAAGAAUAAGCCAACCUGGUAAACAUCGUCAUCAUAAUGAGACUGAACAACCGGUUGUUACGAGUUUAGUAUCUGGACUAGACCCACAAGUUAAAAUUGUGUCCGACUCUCCAAAUAGCCCUGUAGACCAUAAGUUGUCCUGCUCUCCAAAGCUGAACAACACAUCCGAUCACAAUACCAAACUGUACCCAUCUACCUUUAUCGUCGAGCCACACAACACCUACAACAGAGGAUCAUCUGGUAACCAUCAGAUUAAUCAACCAAGA